GGGAAUUGAGUAAUGGAUACAAGGGAAAAUACAGUAAAGAAAAAGUAAGGUAGGGAAAAAAAGUGAUUAAAAUGGAAUUUGGAGUGUAUGUGUAGCCUGUCUUUAUAGGAUUUUGUCCAUUAGAACUUUGCAUGUGGUAUAAUUGUGAUUAAAACACUGUUAAAUACUUAACUGUGUUCAAAAUUUCACGGUUAAUAGGUAUUAAUUUUCAGUUAUGUACUCUUAUGAGGUUUACACACAGUUUAUCAGAAUUGUUUACUACCUGUAUAUUGCAACAUGCAAUACUAGACAAAUACUUUGGCUAUUCUUAGAAAUUAAUAUCUACCAUCAUUUUGGUGUUUCCUUUUCAAUUACUUCAGUCCUUUUCUGGUAAUAAAUGCUGUAAGGGGAACUAAAGUGUAGUGUAAUGUUUUAGCAGGACUUAAGGUGGUUUAACUUUUACUAGGCAAUCAGAAUUUUCCUGCUGUUCCUGUUUAAUUCUGUUUCUUAUAUAAUGUCCGUAAUUGUGGAUCUGAGCAUGUACUAAGUGACAUGGCUAACAUCUGUCAUGUGUGAUUCUCCUUUCUGCUCCCUGGGAGGAAAAUUAUUGAGAGAAAAACGCAAGAGUCUCUAUAUAAACCACCAUCCUCCUGGGCAGUUGAGAAGGAAGUACAGUUCCUGCUCCACUAUUUUCCUGGAUGACAGCACAGUCAGUCAGCCAAACCUCAAGUAUACCAUCAAAUGUGUAGCUCUUGCAAUAUAUUACCACAUCAAAAACAGGGAUACAGACGGAAGAAUGCUCUUAGAUAUUUUUGAUGAAAACCUUCAUCCCCUUUCGAAAUCCGAAGUGCCACCAGACUAUGACAAACAUGACCCGGAGCAGAAACAGAUUUACCGCUUUGUUCGGACGUUGUUUAGUGCUGCUCAACUGACUGCUGAAUGUGCCAUUGUCACCCUGGUAUACCUUGAAAGACUUUUAACUUAUGCAGAGAUAGAUAUUUGUCCAGCAAACUGGAAGCGAAUUGUAUUGGGUGCAAUUCUACUGGCAUCCAAAGUUUGGGAUGACCAGGCAGUGUGGAACGUGGAUUACUGCCAGAUCCUGAAAGAUAUCACGGUCGAAGACAUGAAUGAGCUGGAACGCCAGUUUCUUGAGCUGUUGCAGUUCAAUAUCAAUGUUCCCUCCAGUGUUUAUGCCAAGUAUUAUUUUGAUUUGCGUUCCCUGGCAGAAGCAAAUAACCUGAGUUUUCCUUUGGAGCCCCUCAGCAGGGACAGGGCAUAUAAACUUGAGGCCAUUUCCCGCUUGUGUGAAGAUAAAUACAAGGACUUCAGGAAAGCCGCAAAGAAACGGUCAGUCAGUGCUGACAAUCUGACUGUGGUUAGAUGGUCCCCCGCUAUUAUCUCCUAACAGAGGAGACUGGAAUAUUCCUAUGGACUACUGUUUCAUCCAUCCAUUUUUUUCGGGGUGGGCGGGGGGAGGGGGCUAAAGAAAAAAGACUUUUGAUUUUUUUAUUUUUAAAUCUGUCAAGCUGCCUUUACAGUGCCUCCCCAUUGUGUAGCACACGAGUACAUACCUAGUGGAAGGAGAAAUGGAGAAAGCCGUGUUCGGGAGAGAAGAUGGGCAACGAUUCUUUUCUCACUCUCGCUAACAGCUUUAACCUUUUUAUGAGGAAACAGCAAAUUAGGUGCUUGGAAGAAGAAACAAAAAAUGAAGUAGAGGCAGAAAUACAUGUAGGAACUGUGCCAUUUUCUAAUCAGCUGUACUCAUGAAGAGAAAUGGCAGCAUGAAAACAAACCAUGUAGUCAGAUGACUGUGCGCUAGAGGAAUGAAAUUGCGAGAGUUCCAUCAUAAAGGUUUCUCUUAAUAUCUUUUUUAUUUUUUGUUGUUUUUUUUUCAUUCCUCAUUGCUGCUUCCCAGGAUAAAUUCUUCCCUUUGCACAGCAAGAAAUACGAAGUCUGUAUUUACAGUAGCACAAGCCCCUGAAUAAAUAGUGUUGGGUUUUUUCACUGCACUUUUCUCUGUAAGCUGUCUUAUUAGCAUUAUUCUUCAUAAUUAUUAUGCAUAUGUUAUAUUUCUUGUAUGCCUUUUAUUGUAUUUCAAAAGAGAGAACUUGACCAUAGUGCUGAACCAAAAGUGUGUACAGGGAUCAGAAGAUCUUCGUAAUUUCAUGAUGUGUUUUAUUUAUAGUAUACUUGGGUGCGUGUGCCUUCCUGAGUUCUUGGAAUCAUUUAUUUUUCCUUAAUAUAAAGAUACAGUUAUUAAAAUAUUCAGAUGAUGAUGAUAAGACUUGGGCCAAAUCUCUGAAAUUUGCAACAGAUCUUGUGAUCCUUUUUGCAGAUUUUCAUAGCAUUAGAAGUUUAGCAGAAUUCAUUCUGAGGGAGAUUAUUUUGGUUUUGUAUGGCCUGACUAGUUCAUUCCUUCACAUCCAGGUCCAUUGUUGCAAGCAAUAGUCUCAAUUUUUAUAUGUUUACUUUAAAUCAAAGCGUGUGUUUGUAUAAAAUAAAAAAUAAUAAAAAAAAAAGCAAACCAGUUGUUCCAGUGAGAAGCCCUGUGGAAGAGCAGGAUGCAAAUCUUAACGAGAUAAUUGUCACAAAUAGAUUUGGUUUUGAAACUAAAAUACAGACCCUCAUGUUCCUCAACCUAGGUGCUUAUAGAAAUUAACAGUAAACGAGCUGUGAACAUAAUUUUCAACUCUGAUUAUUAUGCUCUUCUGUUGUUGUUACUAGUUCCCUGUUACCAUGGCUGUUGCCCCCUUGGAAUUUGUAAGAGCCUUUCAUAGGAAAUAACUUGUCAGUAUAAGCAUUUGCUUUUAUAAUUUCCCGGGGUGAUUCCUUCCCCCCUCCCCCCCCCCCUUUUUUUUUCUUUUGCAGUUUAGACAGGUAACAGCUGAAAACUCUCAGUUCCCUGAAAUCCUUUCUCGGUAACUAUCACUGAAAUGAAUAGCAACAGACGGCCCUGAUUUAUGCACUACUGUGGUAAACCAUGAAGAUUCUGUAUUUGUUUUAUUAAGCCCUAUGGGCUUGUAGCAAACCUAGGGGCCCAGAGCUGCACACUUAACUUCCAGUGCAAUGCUAAUCGGGUGCCUCCAGGCAGAGAAGCACUGACAGGAUUGAAGUAGUAAUACCAAACAGUUUCCUGUUAACUUUCUAAUGUGAUUUGUGUAGUUUGAGACAUGAAGGUUUUGUCCAUAAAUUCUCCUGACGUCCUUUGGGCCUUUAAAAUAAUCUCAUUCUCAUCACUUCUUGUUGUGCCAAUGCAUCAGAACUGUGAGUAUCCAAGUCCAUUUUCCCCUUGAAUGUGGAAUGUAAGGAAAGUGUUUAUAACAAUACAAAUGCAAAUUACAGCAUUUGAAACCUCUUUACAGAUAGUAUCUAAAGGAACAUUUUCAGAGCAUUUGAAACUCAUCCUUUAUAAGCAUAAAUUUAGGCUUUAAAAUAUGUAAAAUAUUUUGAUUUAUCAACACUUUGCUAAACUAUUUUCCAUUUAACUUGAUAUCAGGAAUAUUGGUUUUAUCCAUUUCUGGGUGAUGGAGAUAUGAACUUUGGAUUAUGUAAAGAUCUCAAUGCAUCAACUAUAAUUUUUGUGAAGUUUAUUAAACUACUUUAAAGAUUGUAUAGUCUAUUUAUUGUAUGUAUGUACAUACAGUCUGAUACUUUAAAAAGUGGAUUCCGUAAAACCUGGCUCGGUCUUGUUUAGACUAUUGAAUAUCGUUUUAGCCUUGUGCACUGGAUUCUACCUCUGUAUAGGAGAAUUUUCCAUAUUCUUAAUUAGUACUGAUUCUGUGAUUAACUUGGUUAUGUUUCUUGCACUAAGAAUUAAAAAAAAAACAAAAAAUCUGCUGUGUGGAUUUUUUUCUUUAGUUUAAGUUUUGCCAGAUGAAUCCUCUACAUUUAGGUGGAUGUUUCUUUCCCUCAUGGUUAUAGAAUAAUUCUUUGCUUUUUCUUCUGCUUUGUUCCAAGGUUGCCAAAAAAUACAGUACUUACCAGUAAAUCUUAAUGAGUGUCUUUUGUUUGCAAGGUAUUCUAUACCAUGUAAUUAAAAAUUAAUUAUUAUUUAGGA